AUGCCUGCCAGCCCCCUCGAAUCAAUCAUGGAGGAGAAGAAAGGGCUGUUGCAAAUGCAGAAGGACCUGCCUGCCUCUCCGAUGGCUGCAUUAGAACCGAGGUUCUCUGCUAUGUUCCUGCUGCUGCUCACCCUUCCAUUAAGAAUUCCUGCCAAGCCUUCCCAGCCAGAGAUCAGCGGCCCUUCGGCCAGAGUGCAGUCAGGAGCCACAGAAACUUUUAACUGCGAGGCACAUGGAUUCCCCAAAUCAGAAAUCGCAAUCACCUGGAGCAAAGACGGGAAACAGCUCCAACCUGAGUUACCCAUCGUGCUGAUAGUAGAAGGCAACUCUUCCUAUGGAAUUAAGAGCACCGUGCGAGUGUCACUCACAGAGAAAGAUAUCAACUCAAGACUCACUUGUCAUAUCGACUACGGCUCUACAGAAAAGCCCCUGCAGCAGAGUUAUGAUCUCAGAGAUGUCCUACGAGUUGCACCGCACGUGUCAGUGGAAACCAACGAAUGUUCUCCCAUCCCAUUGAACCGUUCUGUGACUCUCACCUGCAUAGUGAGUAAUUUUUAUCCCAAGGACAUCAGCGUGGCCUGGUGGAGAAGCGACGACAAUAUAAAAAGGGCUAAUACUGGAAAUCCAAACCCAGAUGGGACGUUCUCCCUCAGCCUCCCCCUAACUACACGGCCGACGAGACAGACCACGAGCAAUUACACCUGCGAAGUGAUUCAAGCGUCUCAAAGUCCAGUUUAUGUCAACCGAGUAUUGACUUUUGGAAUACAGCCUAAAGGAAAUACAAAUACAAAUGCCAAUUUCAUUGAGUUAGAUCUGUUUCUGCUCUCCAACCCUGGUCUCUGGAUAGGAUUACUUGUGGGCAAGGUUGUGACUGCUCUCCUCCUCUUGUGCCUUUUCUUGAGAAAGAUUGCAGCAUUAGCACGAGAGCAAAAGGACUCGGCCAAGUGA